UGUCAGGAAAGUUUGGCUUCUUUUCAGCCUUCACAACAUUGAUGAUAUAGCUUGAAAAAUAAACUAGCUGGGUCUUAAUUUACAUGUUUAUAAUAUUGAGCAUAUCUUUACAUUGUGGUUUCAAUCUCUCUGAAGAGCUCUGCACACAGAUCUUUUUGCACUCUCAGUUGGAACUUGAGGGUUCUCAAAACCACUCAAACACCUUUUGAGCUGGGCUGACAUGAUGCCGGGGAAGCCAAACCGCUUUUUUAAGAUUAUACUCACGAAUGUUGGUUCUCAUACUAAACUUCAACUUCCCAGAGAGUUUUUAAGGAUUUUCAGCAAGAACCUCAAGGAUAGUAUAAUGUUGAAUGUGCCAGGAGGUUUGGAGUGGCCAGUUGAUUUAGAAAGACAGAAAGCAAAGGUUUGGCUGCAAAAUGGUUGGCCCAAAUUCGCAGACUGUUAUUCCAUAUCUUUUGGUUAUCUGUUAGUUUUCGAAUACAUGGGAGAUUCCAAAUUUCAAGUAUUUAUAUUUGACCCGAGUUCCUUAGAGAUAGACUAUCCGUUAGCUAGCAAUGACAAACCUGAUGCUGUUAAAUCUGCUCAAGUGAAGAGAAGACUAAUUGAUAUUGAUGAAUCUGAAACUUCUGAUAACUCUAGUAGUUCGGAUGAUUCCAGUAGUUCUGAUUAUGCAGUUAGGUAUUGUAAGAAGAAGAAAGCUAAAUCUACUAGCUCAGAAGAAUCAGCAAAUUUGGGACUAGAGAAAGCGCCAACUGAAGUGCAGAAAGAUAGAGCAACUGCCGUGGCUAAUGCUUUUAAAUCAAAGAACCCGUUUUUCGUUCAUGCUAUGAAAGCAUCGCACAUUGUAGGUGGAGGAUGGCCUAAUGUGUAUAUACCAAAGACUUUCAAAGAUGCCUAUAAAAAGUGGCAGAGCAAUGAGAAACUUAUCCUAGACGUCGAAGGAAACUCUUGGAUUGUUUCCUGUAAUUUGAAUUUGAACUGCCGCCAGUGUAGAAUCAGUCGUGGAUGGACUAUAUUUGCACGGGAAAAUUCACUGGUUGUAGGUGAUGUUUGUGUCUUUGAGCUUAUCAACCGCUCUAGCAAAAGGUUCAAGGUCUUCAUAUCUCGAGCUGCAAAAGAAACAAACGAUGAAGGAAAUAAAAGAUUGGCUAGGGUACGAAGUGAAGCUGAGAGAGCUAGAGUGCUUGAAUCAGUUGAAGCUUACAAACCAAACCGCCCCUUCUUCACAGUCAAGGUUCACAGAUGUUACUUGUAUGGUGGAUCCAUGACUGUGCCAAUGGAUUUUAUAAACAAAUACAUAACCAGGGGCAGUUGCAGCAUUGACCUUCAACUUCCAGAUGGAAAAGUUUGGUCAGUUAAGUGCUACAUCCGCGACAAGUGCGCCAAAUUCAGUGCUGGUUGGAAGAACUUUUCAAUAGAAAAUAAGUUGGCUGCAGGAGACAUUUGUGGGUUUGAGCUGGUUAACAAAAGUUUGUUGAAGGUUGCCAUUUUUCGCGUUGGAUAAUAUGAUUCAGGUAAUACUGUUGGUUUUCAUAUUUUGUGCUGAUUCUAAGUUCAUAGUCAGCAUUGUAUGAACUAAGUGAUAGUUGCUGGUUUUGAUGUUUUAUUCUAUUGCAGUUGGAACAAAUUAUGAAUAGUGUAUGUAUAAGUACAUUGAUUUUAUGGAACUAAUUACGCAUGAGAUAAUACUGUCUGCAAUAGGGUCUUCCAUAGUA